AGUCAGUUCCUGCUGUCGCUCACGUGACCGUGCGACCCUGGGAGCGAUGGCGGGUCGGCUGGCUGGCUUCCUGAUGUUGCUGGAACUCACGGCGCAGGGGCCGGCGCCGACACGUGCCGGGAAGAUGAAGGUGGUGGAGGAGCCCAACACAUUCGGGCUGAAUAACCCGUUCUUGCCCCAGGCAAGCCGCCUUCAGCCCAAGAGAGAGCCUUCAGCUGUAUCCGGGCCCCUGCAUCUCUUCAGACUUGCUGGCAAGUGCUUCAGCCUAGUGGAGUCCACGUACAAGUAUGAAUUCUGCCCUUUCCACAACGUGACCCAGCAUGAGCAGACCUUCCGCUGGAAUGCCUACAGCGGGAUCCUUGGCAUCUGGCACGAGUGGGAAAUCAUCAACAACACCUUCACGAGCAUGUGGAUGACUGACGGAGAUUCCUGCCACUCCCGGAGCAGGAAGAGCAAGGUGGAGCUCACCUGUGGAAAGAUCAACCGACUGGCCCAUGUGUCUGAGCCAAGCACCUGUGUCUAUGCGUUGACAUUCGAGACCCCUCUCGUCUGCCAUCCCCACUCUUUGUUAGUGUAUCCAACCCUGCCAGAGGCCCUGCAGCAGCGCUGGGACCAGGUGGAACAGGACCUGGCAGACGAGCUGAUCACACUGCAGGGCUAUGAGAAGUUGCUGAGGGUACUUUUUGAGGAUGCUGGCUACUUAAAGGUCCCAGGAGAAACCCAUCCCACCCAGCUGGCAGGAGGUUCCAAGGGCCUGGGGCUUGAGACUCUGGACAACUGUAGAAAGGCGCAUGCAGAGCUGUCACAGGAGGUACAGAGAUUGACGAGUCUGCUGGAACAGCAUGGAAUCCCCUACACUCAGCCUACAGAAACCACUCACUCUCAGCACCUGGGUCAGCAGCUCCCCAUAGGUGCAAUCUCAGAGCAGCUGCGGGGUGACCCAGGACUACGUGGGAACAUCCUGUGAUCCAAGUGGCCAUGAAGAAUAGAAAUAUCCUGAGCCUUGGGUGUCCUUUCACAGAGAGACCAGGUAUGGUCUCAGCAGAGUGCACAAAACUGGUGUGAUGUAGACAUGGUUUCUUUUGGCAUCUUCUAGGCCACACAGAGUCAUGACAAACAUGAGGGACCUGCUGGCCAGCCUUUGUUGUGCCCAAAGAUUCAGACAAAAUAAAGAUUGGAAGUUUUAAUUAAUUCCAUACUGAUAAAAAAUAACUCCAUGACUUCUGUAAACCAUUGCAUAAAUGCUAUUGUAAAAAAAUUUAAACAAAUGUUAACAACUUUAACAAUUCACUAAA